AUGGCUGGAAGCAAAAAUAUGAAUUAUAAAAUCUGUUUGGAGACCUUUAUGAAAAUUUAUUUUCCUUCUGAGAAAGUGGACAACAGUGGCAAAGAGCUUCUUUCAAACCUAUUAAACGAUGCCAAUUCAAUGUUGAUUUCUCAAAUCGAAAAGGAUUUCAGUUCAGUUUCUAAAGUCAACGGGCAGACAUUUCAACACUGCGCUCGAAAAGCAAUCGAUGCGAUUUUCCCACAAGAGUUGAAAGCGCAUGCAUUAUCAGAAGCUUAUAAGCAGCUAGUCUUGUUGGAGAGUGGUUGCAUACUAUAUAAAGAAGCUGAUUUAGAAACUGAUGAUAAUGCGGAAGUUCCGAGAAGAAGCACUCGAAAAGACAGAGAGUCCAAAAUAGAUGAAGGUCCAGUACGUCUGUUCAAGUCAGGCAUUACGAAAAUGUGUCCGAGAGUUAUUCCAAAUGUUAAAGUUGACAGCAAAGCAAUGGGAUCUUUGGCAUAUUUUAUUCACUCUUUUAACAAGAUAGUGGCCGAGAGGGCAUCUGAAAAAUUUGGUAAAAAAGAGGAACUACAACCUGCGGAUUUAAGACAAGUAUUAAAUGAGUAUUUAAAAGAUAAUGUUCAGAAAUCUGCUAUUAGCGAGGGUAAUAAAUCUUUGGCUUUGUACGAAAGUGGUUUACUUGAAUUUAAGCCAAGACCGGUCAAAGUUAAAAAGCUGAGCCCUAAACCAAAGCGAGAAAGUCCCAAGCGUUUACCUAAGAAACGAAGAUCCAAAUCUCCACAAAAAGUAAAACUAAGAAUAAAGAAACCUAUUAAGUCACCAAUUAAAUCGAAAAGGCCAUCCAAGGUUAGAAAAGUGAGCCCCAAACCAAAAAGAAAAAGUCCCAAGCGAUUACCAGAAGCAAAGAAACGGAAAGCCAGUAGCAGUCCAAAGCGACCCUCAGCACCUAAGAAACGGAGAUCUAAAACACCACCAAAAGAAAAACUAAGAACCAGGAAACCAUUUAAGAAAGUUACUGAAAUUAAGAAACCUGCAAAAUCUCCAAUUAAACCGAAAAGGCCCGCCAAAGUAAAAAAAUUAACCGCUAAGCGAAAACACAAAAGUCCGAAGCGAUUAUCAGACGUUAAGAAACGUAAAGCCAGUACAAGUCCAAAGCCCUCACCUAAGAAACGGAAAGUCACCAGAACUCCAAAGCGACCGUCAACACCUAAGAAACAAAUAUCCAAAACUCCGGCAAGAAAAAAACAAAGAACCAAAAAACCAUCUAAAAAAGUUGCAAAAAUUAAGAGACCUGUAAAAGUGCCAAUUAAACUGAAAAAACUGGCCAAGAUUAAAAAAUUAAUCCAUAAGCGAAAACGCUCAGUUCCAAAGCGUCCACCAGCACAUAAGAAACGAAAAGUAAGCAAAAGACCAAAGCGUCCAUCAACACCUAAAAAACGAAGAUCCACAUCACCACCAAAAGAAAAACCUAGAACCAAGAAACCUUCUAAGAAAAUUUUAAAAUCUCAGAGUUUUGCAGCGGCUAUGUCGUCAUGUGUUCUGAAAGCCUUUUCUGACAUAGAUAUAUCCUUAGCAAAGGACACUGCAAGCAAAUUUAAUCAAAUCCUUGAAGAAACAUGCGAUGCGUUAAUCAAACACAGUAUUUCCCAUGCUGCAAAAUCCAAUGAGUUAAGCACCCAAGACAUCGAAGCAGCUCUAUUAAAACUCUUUCCCCCAGAAUUGGCCGCACAUGCCCUAUCUGUUGCGACUAACGCUGUAUCUUUAUACUUUGAAGAAAUGAAAAGAAAUCGACCUUAA